UACGAAAAACGCGCUGCUCGGAUGGUUGAAGCGGUAGUAGGGUCGAUGCUUUUUCCUCGCGAAACAGCUGUGCGAAACGCCGGAGCCACGCGUGUGAAAGACGAAGAGAGCAGCCUUGAUCCCUUUACGAAACGCGUCUUCCCUCGGCAGCUGCUCGUCACGAGGCAAGCUUGAUUGCCGUGCUGUCAUACGUCGAGUGGGGCGCGUCGAUCUCGUCAAGUGCUUCUUCGGAGCUCGGAGAUUACGGCGCGCAACACUCGAUUACAACGCCGUGCAGUGCGGCGGGCGCGUGCCUGCAAGAGGGGGCGAUGGCGGCAUCAUCCGGUGCCUACCCGAGCGUUUCCGAGCUCGCGCUGCGCGCGCUCAGCAAGUUUCGCUCGGAGUUAGGCUCCGAGCCCGCUUUCUACGGAAGCGCGCCGGGCCGCGUGAAUCUGAUCGGCGAACACGUGGACUACUGCGAAGGCCUGGUGCUCCCAUGCGCCAUGCCGCUGUACACUGUGGUCGUCGGCUCCCCUGUCGUGGGAAGCAGCAUGUGCAACAUUUACAGCGUUGACUAUCCCGAGCCAGCAACUUUCCAGCUGCCAUCGGAAGCAAAUCCUUUGACACCAGGCGAACCAUCGUGGAGUAACUACGUUCGAGGCGUCGUAGCUCAUUUUCCAGGACCCAUACGGAGUGGCUUCAAUGCAGUUGUAAUAAGCUCCGUGCCCGUUGGAGCUGGCCUAUCCAGUUCUGCCGCCCUGGAGGUGGCCAUGUUCAACUUUUUGAGGAUAUUGCUGCAUCCGGAGGAGCUCAGCGAUGCACACCGGACCCCCCUGUGCUGCCAGAAAGCAGAGCACGAGUUUGCCGGAGUGCCAUGCGGCAUUAUGGACCAGAUGGCUGCCUAUUGGUGCAGGCCGAGCCACGCCUUGCUUCUCGAUUGCCGGUCCCUUGCCUUGGAGCAUGUGCCGCUCAACCUGACCUCUGCAAUCAUUCUGGUUACCGACUCGAAAGUGAAGCAUGCCCUGACCGGUGGUGAAUACGCCCGACGCCGCGAGAGCUGCCAGGCUGCGAGCGCCGUCCUUGGCAAGAGCCUGAGAGAUGCUUCGCUCGAAGAUCUUGAAGGCUGCCGAGAACAGAUGACGUCGGAACAGUACCAUAGAGCUCGGCACGUCGUCUCUGAAAUCCGGCGCACAGCCCAAGCAGCCAAGAUGCUCCGAAAGGGCGACUUCCGGGGCCUGGGUGAACUCAUGAAUGCCAGCCACGCAUCUCUCAGGGACGACUUCGAGGUUUCCUGUCCCGAACUGGACGAACUCACUCGACUGAGCUUGGAGUCCGGAGCAUACGGAUCUCGGCUCACGGGCGCAGGAUUCGGAGGAUGCACAGUGACGUUGGUGGAGGAGAGGCUAUUGCCAGCUCUUAUGGACAACAUCAAGAGUAACUUCAAGGGACAAGCCUGCUUCUACAUUUGCGAGCCAUCGGAAGGUGCACAGUACGGCUUUCUGAGCAGCCUUGCAAGUGUGAUGAGCAGCUGAAGCUGAGACUGCGGUCUAAAGAAGAGAAGAAAUUGUUUGCUCUACAACGGUGACUGAAGACUGAAAGGGACAGUCUCCCGUGUAGAUAUGUAGUGGCUAGGCUAGUACAAAUAGUGAAUUUCAGUUUCGAAGCAAA